GCUUGAGCUUUUUCUGUUCAUCAUUGCUGUCCGUCGUGCGGGGAACACGACUGUGCGACCCCUACAUUUCAUGCUCCCUCACCUCGAGGACGACGACACCCACGACUCAUACAGCUUGCCCUAGCGCACGCGAGCAGGCCGCGACACGAAGGAGCACCGGCAGAAAAUUACCUUGUUCGCGUACAGGGACUUGUCGCCGGGAACGACACCAACACUGUUGCCGAUCGGGGGUCUCCAAACUGCAGGAAAGGUCUUGCUCGACCGAGCAAGCGACAAUCCACGACACCACGCCCAGUGCUCAGCUACGACUUCGAGCAUGGCAUUAUUUGACGCCCUAUCUAUACUCUACCCCUCCUUCACCGUCCUCCCCGUCCUUCUCCUCUUCGUCGGCAUCCUCUACUUCGUCGUCCCCCGCUUCCGCCCCCUCCUCAUCCUCAUCACCGCAAUAUACGCCUCCUUCCUCCUCUUCCCCCUCCUCUACACCUACGCCCUCCACCUGCUCUGGUCCACCUUCCUCCGCCCCAUAUGGCGCGCAGCGAACUGGGUCCUCUUCCCCCUCAAGUUCGCCGUCCGCAUGCUCUACCGCGGCGCGCGCUGGCUCGUCUGGGCAGCGCAGCAGAUCGGGAUCUGGGUAGCCUGGUUCGGGUUCUACGUCUACUUUGGCAAGAUGGGCUGGGAGUGCAUCCAAGACGCGUGGGAUUGGGUGUACGAUGCGGCGAGGAGGGUGGGGUACUUCUUGGAGGAGCUGAGCAAGGAGGAAAAGGCGGCGAAGGCGAAGGGGGAUGGAUCGACAGGAAGCGAAACGGUAGUGGGAGAAGAUGAGGAAGAAGAAGAGGAGGAGGGUGAGGGAGAUGGGACGGAGGGUGUGCCACGAACGUCGAGGCACAGGCGACGAUCAUCUACGAAGAAGGGGAAAGGGAAGGGCAAAUAAGCCAGCCCUACGCAAACGUCUUGUUAUCACCCUCCGGCGUAUCAAUGUACUAACGAUGCCUGCCAUCGUC